AUACAGUUAUUUUCAUUGUUGAUUUCGGUACAUUGUACAUUGUUAUCUGUGCCCGACUCCAUCAACUUCAUCCCCCUUCAUCCAUAGAUAUAGUCAUGCGUUCUGUUUGACUUUUAUCAUAAACGUUAGCCAAAGAAGUUAUGAAAAUACUGUUUAGGCCUAUGACUUAUUUGGGUGAUGUUUGUAUUGAGAAGUUUCGAAUACUCCAAAAAUGAACUUAAUCGUAAUGUUCAUUAGUUAGAAAAUUAGCAACCAUGAACUAUACUUCUUUUUCGGACUAUCGAACCAUCCGAAUAACUAACCUUAUUUCGUUUGGGAUCCUCGGAUUAAACCCUUCUGACCAAUGAACCAUCGGAAAACUCGAACCUUCAGAAUAAUAAUCACUGGAAAAUUGUUCUUCCCCCUAUCUUGUACCUAUCCACAGUCUUAGCGGAACGGAAAGAACAGCGGAGACAAAGAGCUCGUGCAUGGCGUGAUAAAGGUCCAGACACAGCAGACAAGGAAUUCAAGGUUGAAAUCGGUGAAAAGACGAAGCAAGAAUUUGGUAAUUUCCAAGAUGAGAUCACUGAACUAAAAUGGUAUGCAGAGCAACAAUUAGAAAUGACGUUAUGCGGAGGAAAAGAUUACGUUCCUCCGAGAAUACUGCUCAUAUCUUCCAAAGUUCCGAAGGCAGAGGUAUUAGAAGAAACGAGACGAGAUAAGGGUGUUCUUGUUUUCCGUUACGACUUUAAUAACGACACAUUUGAAUCAAUCAUAGAUGCUAUUCGUAUAAAUUUACAAGAUUAUAAACCAGGAUGCAUGGCACAGUCUCUCUGUCUAUACGCUCAAGGCGGGCCUGGUUACGUCUACAUGUUGAGGAAGAAGGUUCUAACGACAGCUAAGCUGAAGAAAGAAAGCGAAGCAGACCAAGUCAGGUUUUGGAAAGAGAUUGGUAAGAUGAUGAGCAGGAUACAUCCUGAGGACACAGUCAUUCAUGUUAUGGGAUGCAAUCUACUCGGGAGUGAAAGCGGUUUACAGUUGUUUGAUGAUCUGGAAGACUUAAUGCAACCAAACAUCGUACGAUUCGAAGCACCACUCGAACUUAGCCAAGAAGGUAAUGAGAUGAUAAAAUAUUAUUUCAAUCCCGCCAAGUACCAGCUAUGGAAGUCAAGCAAGUACUCUAGAUCUGAACUCAAACUUCCCCCAACAAUGAAAUGAUGAUCACUUUAACCAUUAUGAGCUUGGAUUACAAUUAUCAAUGAAUCCACAAUAAGAUUAAACAACUUAAUGAGUAUCUCACUGAGCGAUAAAUGACUGCAAACCCAGCGAGUUUUGAUAUUCGUAAAAUGUAUCAAAAUGUUUGCCAAAAGGUUGCAACAAACUUCUUUAAAAUUUUGAUCAUCGCAAAUUAUUUUUUCGUUCUUUGGUCACAGAGAAAUUUGAACUUGUUUCAAAAAUUUCGUUGCGAAUCUAUUUUUCCGCAAACAUUUGCUAGCGUUUGCAAAACGCCUUUGCCAUGGACCUACUAGGUCCAUGCCUUUGCAAAGGGUUGUAAGACGAUGUCGAUGAAGUUCUUUUUUUCACCAAUGCUAGCGACCGCAUGACUGUUGGACGUUUGCAAACACACACCUAUCUGUUUCAAAACAGUUCGCAAUUA